AUGGAUGAGCAAGCAGCAAUAGUUCCAAAGUCUGUCUGCAGUGAAGCCUGCCAUCCUGGAUACAGAAGAGUUUUACGACAAGGAGAGCCACUGUGUUGUUUUGACUGCAUCCCUUGCUCGGAUGGGGAGAUUUCUAAUAAAUCUGAUGUAGGGAAUUGCGUAAAAUGUCCAGAAGAUUACUGGUCAAAUAUAGAAAAAGAUCUGUGCAUUAAAAAAUUCAUUGAAUUUCUUUCCUUUGAAGAUCCAUUAGGUACAUCAUUAGCAGUCAUUGCUGUAAUCUUCUCGCUUUUACCUAUCGCUGUCCUAUGUGUCUUCAUAAAGUAUCAUGACACACCAGUAGUUAAAGCAAAUAAUCAUGAAAUUAGCUACUUCCUCCUUGUAACCCUUACAUUAUGCGUACUGACUGCAUUGAUAUUCAUUGGCCCUCCAAGGAAUGAGACAUGUGUUUUCAGGCAACCAGCUUUUGGCAUUUUCUUUUCCAUCUGUGUGUCAUCUGUGCUGGCAAAGACCAUCACAGUAGUGAUUGCCUUUAAAGCCACAAAACCUGGAAGUAAGUUGAAGAAUCUGGUUGGGCCGAAGGCAUCAUUUUUUACUAUCUUUUGUGGAUUUUUGUUUCAGUUUAUUAUAUGUAUCAUAUGGCUCUCUGUUUCACCACCCUUCUCAGAGACUGACAAAAAACUUCCAGAAAAAAUUGUGAUUCAGUGUAAUGAGGGAUUGGCAUUCAUGUUCUAUUGCAUGCUGGGAUAUUUAGGCUUAUUAGCCAGUGUAAGCCUUAUAAUAGCCUUCUUAGCCAGAAAUCUACCAGAUAGCUUCAAUGAAGCCAAAUAUAUCACAUUUAGCAUGGUUGUUUUUAUAAGUGUGUGGCUUUCAUUCAUACCUGCUUACAUCAGCACAAAGGGGAAAUACAUGGUUGCUGUAGAAGUCUUUGCAAUUCUGUCAUCUAGCAGUGGUUUACUACUUUGUAUUUUUUCACCCAAAUGCUAUAUUAUUAUAAUAAGGCCAGAGAUGAACACUAGAGGAUACAUUGUGAGACAGCAGAGCAGUAAACCGUAA